AUGACUAAUUCAUUUAAAUUUAAGAAUUACCCUCAAAAGCUGAUGAUCAUUAUACUUAAUUUUUAGAAUAAAGGAGUUGAUGAAGAAUUCAAAUAAAAAAGUAAAAUACUAUUUUGUUUUCUAAUUUUAAUUCUUAGACAAAUUAGAUUAACAAUAAUAAAUGUAAAUGCACUAAUUCUAAUUGUUUAAAGUUUUAUUGUUAAUGUUUUCAUUAAAAUAAAAAAUGCACUGAACUUUGUAAAUUUAUAGAUUGUAAAAAUUGCGAUGAUAAUCUAGAAUUAAGAGAAAUAGCAUUAGAGAAAAUAAAAAUUAAAUAAUAACUAUUAAAACAUGAUCAUGAUGAUGUAUUUGAUCGAUCGAAAAUGUGGGGAUGUAAAUAUUAAAAAUCACAAUGCUAAAAAAAUUAUUGUGAAAGCUAUAUCGAAAAUCAAAAAUGUUCAUCUCUAUGUAUAUAUAAGGAUUGUAUUAAUAAGAAAAGAAUACCGAUAUAAUUUAAGAAAAAGAAAAUAAUUCUAAUUAAUUCCAGUUGAGAAACCAACAACACCAAUAAAUUAAUUUAUAUAUUUAUAAUAUAAUUAAAUUAUUUUAAACAACUGA